AUUAUACAUUCAGUUUCGUAUUCAUAAGUCACUCUGUGAUAUUUCUUAUAACUAUUUCAUAUAAGUCACAUUUUGUCUAUUGUGCCAGCCUGUGUUGUGUGACGCAUGUCAACCAAAACUUCAACUUUGACUCCAAGUAAAGCUGACGUGAGUUGAGCCUGCGAUUUCCACACCGCAUUUGCUCAACGAAAUGAUGGGUACUUCUUUGCGCUACGCAUGCUGGGGUGACAAUUUUCGACGUGUCUGCUCUAGGUUUUGAUUGAUUAAUAAGAUUUGAAAAUUCCUCAGUCUCCAAAAUUACCAGAAUAGUCAACGUUAAGCAAAUCGGAAGACUUUGCAAUCGAAGACUAAUCAAGGCAUCUAACCACCAUUGAAGUCAUUAUCGGUCAAUAUGUACUGUACAUGUAUUUGUACGCACUGCCAGGUGGUGCAGGUUCAUUAACUUUUAAAUCGCGUGGUACCCAUCGUAUAUUGUAAAUAAUAAGUUGUUUAAACUCCCAACUGUUUGGAGACAGAUCAGUUGGCUAUAUACAAAGCGUAAAGAAGUUGAAUCCGGGACCCAGUGACGGGACAUCGGCCGCCCUCGUCCCCAGCGCAUACCUCGCAGGCCUUGAUCACAUCAACAAUUUGCUGGUUUUCGUUCCUCAAACCUAGGAAGAAUCUUUGGCCUCUAAGACAUUGCUUCGAUUCAUCAUGGCUGGCUUCUCAAAAGGGUGAAGUAAAUCGAUAAAAAGCAGGAAGAUUAUGUCCAUAAAACUGUUCACUCGAAUAGCCUCUGCUCCCACCCACAUCUCUCGUAAGAUUAAUUGCUUUAGGUUUUUAUUAUUUUAACUUGUACGUUAUUUUGUGCAAGACAUAAACAUUUUUGAAACCUCCGUGCGGUAAAAUAAUUUCAGUUGUCUUCCGGUUGGUUGAAUGUAUUACUCAUGCAAUUUUUUUUAUUUUGAUAGAUUGCCCAGUGGCCCGUGAGUUUCCAAAAACGAAAGAAGACAUGGAGCUCGACGAGAAGAAGGUGGCCCUCAACGGUGCCGCAGACAGUGAUCUCCUGCCUGAAGAAAACGACGACUACAAAGUAGAGGUGGAAAUCAAUUUAGAAGAACGUGAAAAAUGGGGAAAGAAAGUGGAGUUUUUCUUGGCAUGUAUCGGCUACGCGGUGGGGUUAGGCAACGUUUGGCGUUUCCCUUACUUGUGUUUUGAGAACGGCGGCGGCGCGUUCCUAAUUCCGUACGUGUGUAUGCUGUUCUUAUGCGGCAUGCCUUUGUUCUUCAUGGAACUUGCUCUGGGGCAGUACGUGAGUUUAGGACCAGUUACUUCUUGGGCUGCGAUAUGUCCUUUGGCGAAAGGUGUGGGUUUUUCAAUGCUGGUCGUUUCUUUUCUCUGCUGUGUGUAUUACAAUGUCAUCAUCGCGUGGUGUCUGUACUACAUGUUUAAAUCAUUUGCAAGCAUCGUCCCGUGGGCGAAUUGCGACAACUGGUGGAACACACCCAACUGUACACUCUCCAAGAAAUCGAGUAACGGUGUCACUAACAGCACAACCCUUAACGAUACCAUUAACGGUACAGCGACUCCAAGCAGCGUCGCGUCCUUGGCGCCAGUAGGUAGCAACUCCCCCAGCAAAGAGUUCUGGGAAAAUUAUGUUCUCCAAAUCCCAGACAACAUGGAAGACCUUGGUUCCAUGCGGGUGGAACUGUUAGUUGCUCUGAUUGUGGCCUGGAUCCUGGUGUACUUUUGUCUGUGGAAAGGGAUUAAGUCUUCUGGGAAGGUUGUAUAUUUCACUGCUACCUUCCCCUAUGUGGUGCUCGUUAUUUUGCUUAUCCGGGGGGUGACCUUACCUGGUGCUUCGAAGGGUAUCGAGUUCUAUCUGAAGCCUGACUUCAAGAAGCUGGGCGAUGCCAGCGUGUGGGCUACGGCCGCCACGCAGAUAUUUUAUUCUCUUGGGAUAGGAUUUGGCUCGCUCAUUACUAUGGGAAGCUUCAACCAGUUUCACAACAACUGUUUCAGGGACGCCAUGAUAGUUUCAGUCAUUAACUGCAGCACUAGCGUGUUUGCAGGUUUUGUAAUCUUCAGCGUGUUGGGCUUCAUGGCCCACGUUUCCGGUAAAGAAGUCAAAGAUGUGGCGACUUCCGGUCCUGGGUUGGCCUUUGUGGUGUACCCCGAGGGGAUUGCUCAGAUGCCUAUCUCACCAUUCUGGGCCGUGAUGUUCUUCUUCAUGUUGCUGACGUUAGGCCUGGAUACCCAGUUUGCUAUGUUUGAGGCAGUGGUGACCGGUCUUGUAGACGAGUAUCCACGUGUGCUUAAAAAGCGCAAAGAGCUGUUUAUUGCCUUUCUGUGCUUCCUCUGCUUCUUGCUGGGAAUUCCUAUGGUCAUGCAGGGUGGAAUGUACGUUCUGAACUUGUACAAUUGGCAAUCUGGCGGAGUGUCUCUACUGUUCCUGGCCUUGUUUGAAGUCGUCACCGUAGCAUGGGGGUAUGGAGCUGAUCGGUUUGCCAAAGACAUCGAGACCAUGAUUGGGUACAAGAUAUGGCCGUGGUGGCCCAUUGCCUGGAAGUUCUGCACACCCGUUGUUAUUUUAGGGGUUUUCUUAUUCAGCGUUAUACAGUGGAGCGGGGUCUCCUAUGGUUCCUAUCAGUACCCUGGUUGGGCAGAGUUCUGUGGCUGGGUUUUGGCCUUAGCGUCCAUGCUGUGGAUCCCAGGGGUUGCCAUAUACAAGAUUGUAAAAACCCCUGGGAGUUCCUUGUUUCAGCGACUCUGCUUUCUCCUGCGUCCAGAUGACGACGAAAUGAAGACGAUACAGGUACGCGAGGGAUUAACAACGCAGAUAGAGCUGGAAACUCUCAGUUAGAAGAAAAGUGCUCGUUUCUCUUUAUAAAACUUUUUUUUUUAUAACAACUUUCAUUUUAUGACGUUGUCCCUACGUCAUGUUGUUCUAUGUACAAUAAAUCUUUGUUCAGUUAACUAUAUUACUCUUGAGGCAUCUGUAAUGUUCAAUUUAUUUGCCCAAACUUUUUAACUUGAGAAUCCUACUUUAAUUUGACGUAUAAAAAGUUCUCAGUCUAGGAAUGAAAAGAUUUCUUAGGAAUUCCGGGAAAUAAGCAGUGUUUAUAAAGGUAGGAUGAAACAUCGAUAACGUAAGCUGUGAUUGUAGCGGAAGGUACUGAUAUUGAAGGCGUUAAAAUAAGAUUAACGCACUGGGCUGUGCACAAAAUACAUUUUAAGUUUCUUUAUUUUCAAUUUUAUAGACAUAAGCUAAUAUUAAAAACCAACUACAACAAUCAUACGCUUUUAGCCUCAAAGUAAAUAGCUGGGAAAUGGUAACCAGGAAAAUGUUAGUUCGUUGUUUUUAACGACGUUUACACUUAAUGCUGGGUAGAAAGUACGUCGAGUUGUUCGCCUUAUAUGGCAUACAGGCUUUGGUAUUGUAGUCUGCGACUAGCAACAAACGUUAUUCAUAGGAAGGGGAGGGAAUGUAAAUGAAAUGUAAGUUUUUUAGAAAACAGUAAACCGUUCAUAGAAGGUCGAUGAAGGUCAUUCGGGAGCGAUUUGGCUAUGUGGAAGAAUUCCUUCCCUGUAAUCAGCGCCAUGCAGGCAAACUUACAGUCUCGGUAAAAUACGUGGUGUUAUUUGCACUCUAAGCCUUUAUUUAAACAAAGUUAUAGUAAUAAUAAUAUAGUAGUAAUAAUAAACACUAAAUUAAACUUUAAGAUCUAAUGCACAACUGACAAGGAUUCUAGUUUUUUUUUUUCUGAAUAGCUUCUGUUUACUUCACUUCCUCGUGGAAGCGAAGAAGAAACAUAACUGAGAAUUCUACUUUUGAAUCUUAAAUUGAAGUCAACCCACUAGUUAAUUUAUUUUAUUCAUGCAAAAUGUAGAGUUCUAGAACUGACAUAAUAUACAUGCAAGGAAUGCCUCAUGAAAACCAAGGGCGGUCAUCAUAUUGAAAACUUGCACAAAAUUUUGCACUUCCUAUAUAGUGAAGUGGCAAAAUCUUAAAUUAAAAAUUUAAAUUUUGAGCCACUUGUAACUUUUGCCAUUAAUAUUACAAAUGAUCUCAGUGUUGUAAAUGACCUCUUUUGUAAAAUAGCACUGUUGUUAUAACUCAUCAAACACAGCAAUUAGUCCUGUAGUAGCAUAGACGAAGAGCCGAUAACCCCUGGGAGCAGCUCCCUGUUACAAUCAAAGCUAUUUUUAGAUUCGUGGACUCAUCACCAGGCUUCGCGCAUAAGUCAUUCCCAUAUAUGGCUUUUGCAGUUGCUUUUAUUCUCCUGUCACUGAUGAAUCGAAUAUUAGUUAGAGACAACAUGUACUGUUGUUGAGGUCAAUAAAUAUUGUUCAGGCAAUUAAAUCAAUUUCAUAUUUUGUUCGGUAAUUUUUGUUCAAAUAGCUCAAGUAGGUUCAUUCGGAAUGUUUUCCUUAUCUUGGUGUACCUUCAAUUGUGAAGAAAUCACGUGUUUAUUCACGUACAUGUAUACAGGACAAUUUUUCUGCGAGGAUUUUAGUGAAAAGACCUUCACAUGUAUUUAUCGCUGAUAUAGAACAGAUUUUAGCUUAACGGGCAUUUUUUGGGUGUCAAGCUUUAAAAUCACUUUGGGAAAAGACAAUUGAUGUUUCAGUAAACGCCUUUCAAUUCUCAAACGAUUGAGUGAGUCCCUUUAAAGACGUUACGGAAACACAAAUUGUGUUGGAGAGAACAAAGGCAACGUAUUGAUUAAAUCGAAGCAUUAACAGCUACCCGGUUUAAUUAAUUCCCCAUUUCUUGAAAAGCUUCUUACAAAAUAACUAAUUCAGCCACGAACAUUUCACAAGUAUUCGAAGAUCAAUGUUUCGUAAAAUACUGUUAAAAAUUCAAUGUUAAACUUUGAGCGUUAACGAAUGAUGCACCAAUACCUCAAAUACUAAUAAUGCUCAUCCGAAGUCCCUUAGAAAGUGCCUCGGUUGUUGUUGUUAUUGUUGUUGUUAUGUGUCGGAUACCAAAUGUUCUAACCCUGACAAGAUGGUCAGAUGUGCUGAUAUUCCCGGGAGAUGUUGAUGUUACGAUUUGACAGUUGCGUGAGUUUUCUGUGGCAGGUUUAGUUCGAGGAAGGGCGCCAUUUUAUUGCUGACUUAUAUAAGCUAGGGCAAGUAGGAAUUAGUCUUUUCUAGUUUGUUGCUAUAUAUUGUAAUUCAUAUUACCAGUGAAAGGCAAUGAAGCUUUCAAAAUAAACAAUCAACAAUUGG